AUGGCAAAAAAAAAAAGAUACGAGGAGGAAAAUCUUCAUAUUUUCGAAAGGAUUAAUAAUUUAGAAUAUAUUAAGGCUACUUCCGGGGAAGAAUAUGAGCAGCGGAAAUUAAAUAAACUAAUUGACAGAACCUUUAAAAAAAAUAAGAAAUCUUUGUUCUGGGGUGUUUUAUUUGAGGCUGUUCCUACCCAAGUAUUAGUUCCCAAUAUUAGUCUUUUUUUUAUUUUGUUAUCGGCUUUUCUUACUGUUUUGUUCGUCGAUUUUGCUGAAAACCCGGCUUUUUCCCUUUACAACUUUAUUCUUAUCACUACAACCGUAAUUAGUUUAAAAAGUGAAAUAGAAAAAAUAGUGCAAGCUUGCGCCAAUUUGGACGACCUUUCGAGCGAUUUACUGUUAUUAAACGAAAGCGUGCACUUUUUGCACCAAGAAAAAAAAUUAUUCCUUGCUGAGAAACUUCUGCCCUUCACCAAUGGCGAUAUUAAUUUUGAAAAAGUUAACUUUUCUUACCCUGGUCGCCCAAACAAUUUAGUUUUGCGAGAUUUUUCUUUCCGUUUUAGGCAAGGCAAAAAAUACGGCAUUGCGGGCAGCAACGGAAUCGGCAAAAGCACCAUUACGAAAACUACCUUGAAACUCUAUAACAUUCAAGGAGGCAAAAUAUCUAUCGCGGAAAGAAAUAUUCAAGAAAUCGAAACCAAAAGUUUACACGAACGAAUUUGCUAUUUAACUAAUCGACCGGGCUUUUUUAAAAUGUCCUUAGCUGAAAACGUUUUUUAUCCUCAUUCGCCAGCGAGAGGUAAACAAGCAAAAGACGAAGACCUCAGUCAGGAAAAUUUAACCCAAUUAACCCACGCGGCCAAAAAAGUCGGAAUUUGGGAAUUUAUCGAAACUUUACCCCAAGGCUUUCGAACUGAAUUAAAAGAAAGAGGUGGCGACCUUUCGGAGGGACAGAAGCAACAAAUUGCCACCAUGUGUAUUUUUAUUCAAGAUUAUGACAUUUAUAUUUUUGACGAAAUUUUAAGUAAUGUUCAAAAAGACUUAAAAAACAAAAUUCUUGUCAACAUUUUUACUCACUUAAAGAAUAAAACGAUUAUUGUGAUUGACCACCAUUAUGAUAUUUUCCAAUACGUGGACGAAGUUCACCAAUUCACCGGAGAAAGCUUGAUUAAAUUGAAAAAAGAAGAAUUAUUAGGGAAAACAAAAGGCUAA